ACGCUUUGAUGCACGGCUCCAUUCUCCACAAUCACCCACAAGUCGAAAACCCAACCUGAAGUCCUGAACACAGAACACCAAGAGAACCCACUAACGCAACACACAUACACACAAACAUCGACACAUCGUGUCCAUCGGAGGCACAGGAGAGAUGGCCGGCGCCGGACGCGACGAGCUGAAGCUGCUCGGCAUGUGGGCCAGCCCGUAUGUCAGCAGAGCCAAGCUCGCGCUCCAACUCAAGGGCGUGAGCUACGAGUACAUCGAGGAGGAUCUCGGCAACAAGAGCGACCUCUUCCUCCGCUCCAACCCGGUGCACAAGACGGUGCCGGUGCUCAUCCACAACGGCAACCCCAUCUGCGAGUCGAGCAUCAUCGUGCAGUACAUCGACGAGUCCUUCCCCUCCUCCGCCGCCUCCCUCCUCCCCGCCGACCCCUACGACCGCGCCGUCGCUCGCUUCUGGGCCGCCUACAUCGACGACAAGCUAGCGGCGCCGUGGAGAAUGGUGUACAGGGUGAAGACGGAGGAGGAGAGGGACGAGCUCAUGAAGCAGACGCUCGCGGCGGUGGACGUGCUGGAGGGAGGACUGAAGGAGUGCUCCAAGGGGAAGGGAUGCUUCUUCGGCGGCGACAGCGUCGGCUACGUCGACGUCGUGCUGGGUGGCCUCGUGUCGUGGGUGCACGCCAGCGACAAGCUCUCCGGCGCCAAGCUCUUCGACGCCGCCAAGGCGCCGCUGCUGGCGGCGUGGCUGGGGCGCUUCGGCGAGCUGGAUGCCGCCAAGGCCGUCCUGCAGGACGUCGACAAGGUGGUCGAGUACGCCAAGAAGUUCCAGCCAAGGGAUUCCGGCACGGCUGCAGAUCGACAAGCAGUAAACUCAAACCUCUGCAUACGUUGCAACUUGCAACUUAAGCAACCGAUCAAGUCGGAUUUUAUAUACGCAGGCGCAUACUUGAUUUUGAUUAGGAAAUCUGAAAACUCCCCGGGCGUAGUGCAGGAAAUGGCAGGAGGAGGAGGAGCAGGCGAGCUCAAGCUGCUCGGACACUGGGCGAGCGCCUACGUCACCAGAGUGAAGCUCGCGCUCCACCUCAAGGGCGUGAGCUACGAGUACGUCGAGGAGGAUCUCCGCAACAAGAGCGACCUCCUCCUCGCCUCCAACCCGGUGCACAAGACGGUGCCCGUGCUCAUCCACAACGGCAACCCCAUCCGCGAGUCGCAGAUCAUCGUGCAGUACAUCGACGAGGCCUUCUCCGGCGCCGGCGACUCCCUCCUCCCCGCCGACCCCCACGAACGCGCCGUCGCUCGCUUCUGGACCGCCUAUAUCGAAGACAAGCUGGUGGCGCCAUGGGAGAAGGUGUUCAGGGCCAAGACGGAGGAGGAGAGGGCCGCGUGGAUGAAGCAGAUGUUCGUCGCGGUGGAAGCUCUCGAGGGAGGCCUGAAGGAGUGCUCCAAGGGGAAGGGAUGCUUCUUCGGCGGCGACAGCGUCGGCUACGUCGACGUCGUGCUGGGGGGUGGCGUCUCCUUCGUGCACGCCAACGACGUGAUCACCGGUGGAAAGCUCUUCGACGCGGCGAAGACGCCGCUGCUGGCGGAGUGGUUGGGGCGCUUCGGCGAGCUCGACGCCGCCAAGGCGGUGCUGCAGGACGUCGACAGGGCAGUGGAGUACACCAAGGUGCUGUACGCACGGAAUGCCGCCACUACCGCCGCAAACAACUGAAUUUACUCAGCUUAAGCAGGCGUCGCGACGUGUCUCGGGCUCUCGGCUGGCUGCGUGCCUUGCUCGGACAAAUGUACGGAGGACAGCUGUGGAUUAGAUUGUUCAGUAUUUUCACUCGCUGUGGUCGUUAUCUGUUGAUUGCUGAAAUAAUUGCCAUGAAAUAAAUCGUUUCCUAAGCAAA